AUGCUUAGCUCAGUCUGCGUCUCGUCCUUCCGCGGGCGCCAGGGGGCCAGCAAACAGCAGUCGGCGCUGCCGCUGCAGCCACCCGAGUCCCCGCCGCCGCUGCCCCCGCCGGCGCCGCUGCAGCAGCAGCAGCAGCAGCAGCAGCAGCAGCAGCAGCAGCAGCAGCAGCAGCAGCAGCCUGCGCAGCCCGGCUCCGCCGCGUUUGCGGCGGGCCCCCCGGCACCCCGCGGGCCCGGGGGCCGGCGCGCCGAGCCAUGCCCCGGGCUGCCGGCGGCGGCCAUGGGGCGGCACGGCGGCGGCGGUGGCGACAGUGGCAAGAUCGUGAUCAACGUGGGCGGCGUGCGCCAUGAGACGUACCGCUCGACGCUGCGCACCCUGCCGGGGACGCGGCUGGCCGGCCUGACGGAGCCCGAGGCGGCGGCGCGCUUCGACUACGACCCGGGCGCCGAUGAGUUCUUCUUUGACCGGCAUCCGGGUGUCUUCGCCUACGUGCUCAACUAUUACCGCACCGGCAAGCUGCACUGCCCGGCCGACGUGUGCGGGCCGCUCUUCGAGGAGGAGCUCGGCUUCUGGGGCAUCGACGAGACCGACGUGGAGGCCUGCUGCUGGAUGACCUACCGGCAGCACCGGGACGCCGAGGAAGCACUCGACUCCUUCGAGGCACCCGACCCCGCAGGCGCAGCCAACGCCGCCAACGCCGCGGGCGCUCACGACGCGGGCCUGGACGACGAGGCGGGCGCGGGCGGCGGCGGCCUGGACGGCGCUGGCGGCGAGCUCAAGCGCCUCUGCUUCCAGGACGCGGGCGGCGGCGCCGGGGGCCCGCCAGGGGGCGCGGGCGGCGCGGGCGGCACGUGGUGGCGCCGCUGGCAGCCCCGCGUGUGGGCGCUCUUCGAGGACCCCUACUCGUCGCGGGCCGCCAGGUAUGUGGCCUUUGCCUCCCUCUUCUUCAUCCUCAUCUCCAUCACCACCUUCUGCCUGGAGACCCACGAGGGCUUCAUCCACAUCAGCAACAAGACGGUGACGCAGGCCUCUCCCAUCCCGGGGGCUCCGCCGGAGAACAUCACCAACGUGGAGGUGGAGACGGAGCCCUUCCUGACCUACGUCGAGGGUGUGUGCGUCGUCUGGUUCACCUUCGAGUUUCUCAUGCGCAUCACCUUCUGCCCGGACAAGGUGGAGUUUCUCAAGAGCAGCCUCAACAUCAUCGACUGUGUGGCCAUCCUGCCCUUCUACCUUGAGGUGGGGCUCUCGGGCCUCAGCUCCAAGGCCGCCAAGGACGUGCUGGGCUUCCUGCGGGUCGUCCGCUUCGUCCGAAUCCUGCGCAUCUUCAAGCUCACGCGCCACUUCGUGGGGCUGCGUGUGCUGGGCCACACGCUGCGUGCCAGCACCAACGAGUUCCUGCUGCUCAUCAUCUUCCUGGCGCUGGGCGUCCUCAUCUUCGCCACCAUGAUCUACUAUGCUGAGCGCAUCGGCGCGGACCCCGAUGACAUCCUAGGCUCCAACCACACCUACUUCAAGAAUAUCCCCAUCGGCUUCUGGUGGGCCGUGGUCACCAUGACUACCCUGGGCUACGGAGACAUGUACCCCAAGACGUGGUCGGGGAUGCUGGUCGGGGCGCUGUGUGCCCUGGCCGGGGUGCUCACCAUCGCCAUGCCUGUGCCCGUCAUUGUCAACAACUUUGGCAUGUACUACUCGCUGGCCAUGGCCAAGCAGAAGCUGCCCAAGAAGAAGAACAAACACAUCCCCCGGCCCCCGCAGCCCGGCUCGCCCAACUACUGCAAGCCCGACCCGCCCCCGCCGCCCCCGCCCCACCCACACCACAGCAGUGGCGGCAUCAGCCCCCCGCCGCCCAUCACCCCGCCCUCCGUGGGGGUGACUGUGGCCGGCGCCUACCCGCCUGGGCCCCACACGCACCCGGGGCUGCUCAGGGGGGGAGCGGGUGGGCUCGGGAUCAUGGGGCUGCCCCCGCUGCCGGCCCCCGGGGAGCCUUGCCCGUUGGCUCAGGAGGAGGUGAUUGAGAUCAACCGGGCAGAUCCCCGCCCCAAUGGGGACCCUGCAGCAGCUGCGCUUGCCCAUGAGGACUGCCCGGCCAUCGACCAGCCCGCCAUGUCCCCAGAAGACAAGAGCCCCAUCACCCCUGGGAGCCGUGGCCGCUACAGCCGGGACAGAGCCUGCUUCCUCCUCACCGACUACGCCCCUUCCCCUGAUGGCUCCAUCCGGAAAGCCAUCGGUGCUCCCCCACUGCCCUCCCAGACUGGCGUAAGCCAGGCCCCCCAAGCUUCUUGCCCGACCUCAACGCCAACGCUGCGGCCUGGAUAUCCCCCUAGUGGACGAACCCCCUCCCCCCAGGCUCUUGUCACCGCCUGAGACCUCGCGAGACCCUCGGUCCCCCCCUGCCCCUUCCCCCCAGGUUAGCAAUUGGGAAUGGUGGGGAGGGGGUGUCCUCGAAAUACUACGGGGCUUCCAACCCCCUGUGCCCCAGGACCUCUCUCCUACAGUCAGGAUGCUCUCGUCCCGACAGACCCCCUUGGCACUGCCUAGGAAAGCCCUAGGUCAGCCCAGCCGCUGGUACACAUUCCCAAGCUUUCAAGAAACCUCACAAGUACUCUGGAGCCUCAGAUCCCUUUGACUGUCUACACGCUGUCAGAAUCUUCCCAUCACAAGACGCCCCUUUAAAGGCUUCUUAACCCUUUAAAGAUGCCCCAUCACAACCUUCAUCUGAGCCUCACCUCAUCAGCCAGCUCCCCGCACCCCCCCCCGGGGGGGGGCACUGUCAACUAGUGCUCCAUUCAGCACCACACAGGGCCCCCCCCCCGCCCUCCUUUCUCACAUCUAGGUUACCCCCAUCCCCUGCAGCACCACCCAUUCCCUCCCAAGCCCUCUGCACCGGCUGCUCCCCAUCCCCCACUGGCAUUCCACCCGAGUUCCAUGCCCGUGCCCGCCGCCCACCAUCUGCCUUGCUGCCCCCCACCUUUUUGCUCAGGCGAGGGGGCCAACUCGGGGGAGGGGAGUUGGGGCGGGUGGCGGUGGGGAUGGGGGGGAGGCUCGGUGAGUGCCACCCUACCUCCUAACCCUGAGUCUCUCCCCCCUCCCCGUGUCUGAACCUUUCUCCUUGAUGCCAACUGACUGUCCAAUUUGUUCACUUCUCUCUCUCUCUCCAUCUCCUUGGUCCGCCUCUGUCCAUCUCUCCAUCUCUUGCCAUCUGUCGUUUGUACCUUGGUGUCUGUCUCUCUGUCUCCCUCACUGUCUCUAUCUCUUGCCUUCUCUCUGGAUCUUGCCCUCUCCAUCGCGUUCUCUCUCUUGCCUUUUGCUCUCUCCACCUUCUGUCCCUUCUGCCUGUUUCCCUCUGGCUUCCUUCCGUCUUGGGGUCUGUCUGCUGGACACCCCCCCCCGCACCCCCCCGCCGCUUCCUCCCCAUGUUUCUGUCCUCCGCCUCCCUCCCCCCAGGUUACGAGAAAUCCCGCAGCCUGAGCAGCAUCGCGGGCCUGAGCGGGGUGUCCCUGCGCCUCGCGCCCCUUGCCACCCCCCCUGGCUCUCCCAGGGCCGCCCGCCGCGCUCCCCCAACCCUGCCCUCCAUCCUCUA